CAACCAUAAUUAAGAAUAGGUAACAGAGUACGAAGGUACAUCUCUAGGUAAGCAGUAGGUGCAAGGAUUUAAAGUAGUCGCACAGAUACUGGGGAACGAACACCCCUGGCUCCAGUACGUUUUCAGCGAGACCCAUAUCAAUUAACGCGUGAUAGCGCAACUAACUCGCGUCGUCCUUUCCAUGGGCAAUGUUCUCUGACGCGCUAAGACAUAGAUAGUGAAUGAUGAUUAUAAUUAUGAAUUCGUCAUUAUUUUCCUUUUUUUUCUCUUCUCACAUAGAAACUGAUAUUUCCUUUUCUUUUUUCCAAUCCUACGAGACUUGUAAUAUACUACGCCAUUGCAUCAUCAUAGGAUUUUGCUUUUUUUUCCUUCGAGUUGAUUACUUCACGUAAUAUAAUUGUAUUCUUUCUUCGAGGAUGUCCCCUGCCUCAUCUUCCGACGCCGAUUCUCUUUAUUCUUCCUCCCGACUACCCACUAGUGCUCCCUCCUCACCACCACCCGCAGACGGUCCGCACAAUAUCAAGAUGGGCUCCACUUCCACAUUCACGGAGCAGCAGAUGCUCACGGAGGAAAAGAAAGCAAGGGCCGAGAACACGAAAGCUGAAGCCAAGCGACUCGCUGCCCGAAGGAAGCGCAAAGUCAACUUGACUCCCCAAGAACGCGCUCGUAAAGCUAAGGAACUCGAUGAGCUCUUGCGAAAGAGCAAGAUAUUUAGCGACAUCCUCACACAGAAGACAAAGGCACUCGGUCGUGUCGGACGCGAUUUCGACAACCAAGCAUUGACAGAUGCCGGUCUCGAACUGAAGCAACAACCCAAGAUAAUGAGUGGUGGAACGAUGCGCGACUACCAAUUGGAAGGCCUAACAUGGAUGUACGAGAUAUGUUUACAAGGUCUAAGUGGUAUAUUAGCCGAUGAAAUGGGCUUAGGCAAAACAAUACAGGUCAUAUCCCUCGUCGCAUUACUCCGAGAACAAGAAAGCUACUUCGGUCCUCACCUAAUCAUUGCUCCUUUAAGUACAUUAUCGAAUUGGCAAGAUGAAUUUCAAAAAUGGACUCCCACAAUUCCAUUCGUAUUAUACCAUGGUACUCCCCAAGAAAGGCAGCAGAUCUUCCGCGAGAAGAUUAUGAGGAACUAUAAUAAGGGUCGUCCCACACAACGUUUCCCGGUAGUGUGUACUAGUUAUGAAAUGGUUCUUCGAGAUCGCGCAAGUCUCUCCAAGAUCGAUUGGGCCUUCAUCGUAGUUGACGAAGGACAUCGAAUGAAAAACGCCGACGCGAAGCUUUUCAGAGAGUUGCAACAGUUCAAAUCAGCGACUCGAUUACUCAUUACCGGAACACCUCUUCAGAAUAAUCUCAAGGAGUUAUGGUCGCUUCUACACUUCUUAAUGCCAGAAACAUUCCUCGACUGGGAAGCAUUCGAAGUGUGGUUUGAUUUUAGCGACUUGCAAGAUGAGGAGGGCACUACACAAUUCAUUGAGGAUAAGGAGAGCCAAGACCUUGUGUCCAAGAUUCACAAGGUCCUACAGCCCUUAUUACUUCGCAGGAUCAAGGCGGAUGUGGCCAAUUACCUACCGAAGAAACGAGAAUAUGUUCUUUUUGCGCCGAUGACCAAAGAACAAACCGAUCUUUAUAAUGUGAUCAGCGAUAAGAAGACGGAUACGAGGUCGUAUCUGGAGAACAAGGUCGUUGAACGUUUAACAGAGACUCGCAAUACUCCGAAUAGCUCCAGAAAAUCAAGCCGCCAAUCAUCUCGCGCGCCCAGCGCAACCUCAAGUAAAGCAGCGUCUCCAGCGAGCAAUAACGCAUUCGCAAUGAUGAUGGGUAAAAAAGGAGGGUCCACAUUGAAAGCGAUGCCUAAGAAUAUGUCUCCUCCCGUACCUCAAGUCAAGACAAAUGGGAAGAGGAAAGUUUCACCCACGAGUGAAGUAUCAUCACCAAAGAGCAGCAAAUCGAGCGAACUGUCUACACCAGCAAGUAGCACUCGGGGUCGAGGUCGAGGCCGAUCCCGAAAAAGCUAUUCAACAUAUAAAGUGGCCGAUGACUCCGAUGAAGACAAGUUAGACGAUGAUGCGUUUGAGGCGAAGUUGGCCGCCGAACUUGCUGCGAAAGAUGAGGAAUCAGACGAAGACCUCCGCGAUGAGGAAGAAAUCGAGCGAGCUGCUACGCUAGAACUUGCCAAAAUUCAAGUAGCCGAUAAGAAGUUGGGCAAUGCUCUAAUGCAGCUAAGGCUUGUGUGCAAUAGUCCUCACAAUUUCUACAAUCCGUGGGCGUACGAUGAAAAUAUUCCGGUCGACGAAAGCAUUGUAACAGCUUCCGGCAAGAUGCUGCUUCUAGACCGACUACUCCCAGAGUUAUUUGAACAUGGGCAUAAAGUCUUAAUCUUUUCACAGUUCAAGACGCAAUUGGAUAUCCUCCACGAUUAUUGUGCCGGGCUGCGAAAGUGGAACGUAUGUCGAAUCGAUGGAGGCGUUGCGCAAGAAGACAGAAGGCAACAGAUUAAAGAGUUCAACGAAGACCCGGAUUUCAAAAUAUUUCUGUUGUCGACAAGAGCUGGCGGUCAGGGAAUUAAUCUCGCAAGUGCGGAUACCGUCAUCCUCUUUGAUAGCGAUUGGAAUCCCCAACAAGACUUGCAAGCUCAAGAUCGUUGUCAUCGAAUCGGUCAAACACGCCCUGUUAUCGUUUACCGAAUAGCUACCAAAGGAACCGUCGAGGAAGAGCUGCUCCUUUCUGCAGAUGCGAAGCGCCGGCUAGAAAAGCUCGUCAUUAAAAAAGGAGGGUUCAAGACGAUGGGUCAAAAGCUUGACAAUAAUGAGACUCUAGAUAAGGAGACCCUUCAAUCCUUAUUGUUGAAGGACGGCGAAAUCUAUCAGCACUCAGGCGGAGAUCGAAUUCUGAGCGACGAGGAUAUCGAUGUAUUAUGCGACAGGAGUGAUGACGCGUUCGAAAAAGCAGCUAGAGGUGCCGGUAAUGCCGCCGGAUUCCAAGUGGUUGAAACGGCUGCAGAUGGGAUCACUCAGAUGAAGGGCGCGUAAAAAUAUUCGAAGUCUUCUCAAUUUGAUUUGGAAUAGGCGUUCCAGGUAUAAGAAGGGAUAGUACAACAAAUGUAUCCAGUUAUAAGCAUUGGCGUUACGCAUCGCGGAUCGAAGCCCAUUGGAGUAUCUUGUUUCCCAUAGUGGAGAACUAUUUAUACGAUGGCUAAUAUAAAUAGAAUCAUGAUUAUAAAAUAAUCUUCACCGCAUCGCAUCGCAUCGCAUCGCAUCUUUAUCGUAGCGACAUCGAAGUUGUUAUCCGCCGUCUGUAUCCUCAAACUACUUCGGUAGAGCUCCAAUCAAAAUCGCAGCUAAACUAGCGAGCCAUGAUGGGGUUAGCAUGGAGAUAGCUGUUUGCUCCAUCGGGAUUAAUGUGUUGCGCGAUACUAGGAUGUGAUGACAUCCCUUGAUCUAACAUUCGCCCUAUU